AACACGACACACACACCAAAAAAAAAAAAACGCACUUUUAGCAGAAAUUCAGAAAAGCCUCUCCUUCGCCCCUUCCCUAUUGGCGUUAUGUUAACGUGUGUAUCAGAUCCUUGUUGAGCUCAAAUUUGAGUCGUUGAUGGCUGUCGCCAUCCUAUAUCCGACCGUCCGAUUGGGUCCACUUGAGCUUUUGCUUGCCGUUAAUGGAAAGGGAUUCAUUUAAAAAUGGGGGAAAUUAGUAACUUUUUUCACUUAUAGUGUUUUAUUAGGUGGGAGCGUACGGACGGGGAGAAAAGGGAUUCAAUCUGAAGAUGGGCUCUGGAAAAUUGGAAACCCUAACCCCUAUUUUGUCUCCAAUUCGGAUUGUUGGAGGGAAGAUGAUUAUCUUGGGCUUUCUUUAGUGCUUACCCCUUUUUUUGUCAAUUUUUUAAUUUAGAAAAAAAGGGUUUUUUGGGGAUUUGUUGUUUUGUGAGAUAUUGAUUGGGAAAAAGAAAAUUAUAGUGAUAUUUUUUCUGGGUUGUGGAAAUAUGGAGAGCAAAGAACUGAAUUUGAAUAAAGAGCUUAAAGCAGGAGGAGCAGGAAAUGGGUUUAUAGAUAGGAGCAAAGUGAGGAUUUUGCUAUGUGAUAAUGAUACCAAGAGCUGUGAGGAAGUUUUUUCACUUCUUUUGAAAUGUUCUUAUCAGGUGACUACAGUAAGGUCUGCCAGACAGGUCAUUGAUGCACUGAAUGCUGAGGGACCUGACAUUGAUAUAAUACUUACUGAAGUCGACCUCCCAAUGACAAAAGGAAUGAAGUUGUUAAAGUAUAUUAUGCGGAAUAAUGAACUGCGGCGCAUUCCUGUUAUUAUGAUGUCGGCCCAGGAUGAGGUCUCUAUUGUUGUUAAGUGCCUGAGGCUUGGUGCUGCGGACUAUCUUGUCAAGCCUUUACGAACCAAUGAAUUGUUGAACUUGUGGACACACAUGUGGAGAAGGCGACGUGAGCUUGGUCUUUCGGAAAAGAACAUCUUAAACUGUGACUUUGAUCUAGUGGCAUCAGAUCCUAGUGAUGCUAAUACAAACAGUACUACUUUGUUCUCGGAUGAUACAGAUGAGAGGUCCCGGAAGAGCUCUAAUCCAGAGAUGGGAGUUUCAACUCAUCAAGAAGAUGAAUCUGCUGCUGCUACUGUCGAGCCUCCUCAGUCUGAUUCACCAGAAUGCCGUCCUGAUGUUCCUGGAAUAAGUGACCGUAGAACAGGGCAAUUUUCAUCUGUUCCGAAGAAGAGUGAGCUAAAGAUCGGCGAGUCAUCUGCCUUCUUCACUUAUGUGAAGUCAAGUGCAGUAAAAACCAGCAGUACUCAAGUGGCAACCCCUAAUCAUGAAAGUGCUGCUCAAAAUAAGAUCAGUGAGGAGAAUCUCCCGCAACCUGGUGAACAAGUGGUCAGUGAUACCAGAGUACAUGAGAACGGUGAAACAUGGGAAAACAACUCACAAGGUGAUGACUUUCGUAGCAGCAGUAGUGUUCCGGAUUCCCUUUCCUUGGAGAGGUCUUCGACCCCUGCAUCAAUGGAGUUCUCACAACAAAGGGAUUUUAAGGAAGACAAGUUUUCUCCGGCACUUGUGCCUCCUAGAAAUGAAACUCAACAUGAUGUAUCCGGUUUACCUACACAAAGUGCUUAUCUACACUACAUGCCGGGAGUUCUAAAUCAAGUUAUGAUGCCAUCAUCAACCCAGUUGUUUCAGAACAACCUCCAUGACAUCCAUAAUCAUACUAGUUCUCCUGUGGUCCCUCAAUAUAAUCAUCUUCAACAGUGUCUUCCCCAUCCUCAUGUAAGUGGGAUGGCAUCGUUUCCAUACUACCCUGUUAAUAUGUGCAUGCAACCGGGUCAGAUGCCAACUGGUCACUCGUGGCCAUCAUUUGGAAAUUCAUCUUCCAAUGAAGUGCAACCAAGUAAGGUUGACAGAAGAGAGGCUGCAUUAAUCAAAUUUCGGCAGAAAAGGAAAGAGCGCUGUUUCGAUAAGAAGAUCAGAUACGUUAAUAGGAAAAGGCUAGCCGAAAGAAGGCCUCGUGUGAGGGGACAAUUUGUGAGGAAGAAUGGUGCAACUGUCGAUCUCAAUGGCCAACCUGCUUCUGCUGAUUAUGAUGAGGAUGAAGAAGAGGAGCAGGCAUCAAGGGAUUCAUCACCUGAAGAUGAUACUUCAGGAUGUUGAUGUUUUCAACUGUGCUCAUCGACUAUCUUUUUAUUUGUGCACAUACCUCUGCCGGGUUUCUCCAUGGAAGAAUGAGAAGUAGUGGCAGUGUUCCAUUGAAUAUAUCUAAAACCAUCAGUAAUAUCGAGUGAAGAAGACCAAAGAUGAGAGAUCUGAACAACCGUGAAGUGUCCCCAAAUAUAUCAAUGAGGUGAAAGCAGCCCAGUUUAAGCCAUAGCAACGUGGUUGUGAACCCUGGUUCAGCUUAUUGAUGGUCAGCAGCUGAGGGAACUAAUAUAGAGAAGCUCCUGAAUUUGAUUGAAGCAGUUCCACUGUGGACUGCAUGUUGGUAGAGAUCACACCUUGUAGUUUGUAUUAUUUCCAUGGUUCACAAAUUUAAACAGAUUCAAAGGCCUUUUUUCCCAGUUUUUUUUUUUUCCUCUUUGAAGAAGUGAACUUUUCAAAAUUGUUCUCAGAAUGAGAAUGUAGUUUCCAGUGAGGUUGGGUUUCAACGAAAUUGAAAGCAUUGAAACAACUUCUACAUA